AUGGAGAUAUUAAAGAAGACGGCUGCCUUCCGGGUUCAGAAACAGGUGGAAGGGCGCCCCGCUGAGGAGGUAACGCAGCUCUCUCUGAGUGGCGUGCCGGUGCUCCCAGAGCUGUGGUCUCCCUACACUCACCUCACUCACCUUCUGCUGAUCUGCAUGAAGCCGAAGCUCGUGAGUCUCGACAUCCUUGGCCUUAACAAGCUUCAGGCACUUCGCCUUCUGGAUGUUAGCGACAACGCCGUUGCUGUUGCCUCACCACCGCCGCCUGUGCCGUCGCUAGCUCGUCUGCUCAUGCCCAACAAUCAAGUGUCCUCCUUGGAGGAGGUGAGCAGGUUGGCGCAGAGCUUUCCGAACCUGGAAGUGCUGGACGUGGCAGACAACGAUGUUGACACCCCUGCGCACUUCGCCUCCGUUUUCGGGGCAUUUCCGAAGCUGGCUGCCCUCAACUCGCGUACGCGCGACGGGACCGAGGUUGUAGUCAAAGAAUCGGACGAGACGGACAGCGACGAGUACGAGGACAGCAGCGAUGAAGAGAGUGACGACGAGGUGAGGCAGACGGGGUCCUCCGGAAGCACCGGCAGUGAGACCGAAGAGGAGUCGGAGAGUGACGCGGAGCCGUCAGCGAAGAGGACGCGCACGGAGGACGAAAAGGAUGGCUGA